AUGGAGGCCCACCUCCACGCAAUGAGGCAGGGAUCCGGGGAACGCUCCGGGCUUUCAUCUCCUGCUUCACUAAGAUGGCCGGGUCGUGGCUUUGGAGUUGGCGCAAGCAGCCACGGCCAUGGCCAUAGCCAGCACCACUGCCACCACCCGUGGGCAUCCUCCCUCAGCACCGUCGUAGCACCGCUGCCACCGCAACCGCCGGGCGCAGGCCUGCAGCUCACCCUGAACAUGGUGGCGAUCAAGGCCAAGAUCAUCUCGCACCCACACUACUACUCGCUCCUCACUGCCUACCUCGAGUGCAACAAGGUAGGGGCGCCACCGGAGGUGUCGGCAAGACCAACGGAGAUUGCACAAGAAGUAGAGGCGCGACAGCGCAUGGCGCUCGGCGGCCUGACCGCUGCGACGGAGCCAGAGCUGGACCAGUUCAUGGAGGCGAUGGAGUUCAUGCGAAGGGUGGAGUCGCAGCUCAACUCGCUUUCCAUCCCUAGAAGGUCGCUGUGCAACAUCCUUUCAUCUGGAUAUUGGCGGAAGAGUGCCACCCCCACGAACAUCUCGCACAGGUGGGCGAAGAUGGCCGCCUGGAGGAUAGAGUGGGGGGUGAGGUGCUGA